GGCUCCGCCCCGCUUCCUGCUGCUCCGGACUUCACCGCCCUCCAUGCCGCCCUACACCAUCGUGUACUUCCCCGCCCGAGGGCGCUGCGAGGCCAUGCGCAUGCUGCUGGCCGACCAGGGCCAGACCUGGAAGGAGGAGGUGGUGACCAAGGAUGCCUGGCGGCAGGGCCCUCUCAAGGCCUCCUGUCUGUAUGGGCAGCUCCCCAAGUUCCAGGAUGGAGACCUCACCCUGUACCAGUCGAAUGCCAUCCUGAGGCACCUGGGUCGCUCCCUGGGGCUCUACGGCAGAGACCCGCGGGAGGCGGCGCAGGUGGACAUGGUGAAUGACGGCGUGGAGGACCUCCGCCGGCGCUGCAGCCACCUCAUCCACCACAACUAUGAGGAGGGCAAGGCCCAGUAUGUCCAGGACUUGCCAGGCUACCUGAAGCCAUUUGAGACCCUGCUGGCCCAGAACCAGGGGGGCCAGGCCUUCAUUGUGGGUGACCAGAUCUCCUUCGCCGACUACAACCUGCUGGACUUGCUGCUGAAUCACCAGGUCCUGGCCCCCGGCUGCCUGGAUUCUCUCCCCCUGCUUUCAGCCUAUGUGGCCCGUCUCAGCGCCCGGCCCAAGCUCAAGGCCUUCUUGGCCUCCCCCGAGCACGUGAACCGCCCUGUCUUUGGAAGCCGCAAGAUCUGAGCCCACUGGCCUCCUCUGGGUGGGGCUGCCCUUGGGAACCAAUAAACAUGAGAGGAAAACUGUGCUGUGGCUACAGAGGGGCUGGGUGAGCACAGGGGACCCACUGCCCCCUCUCAGUCUGCCUUAGGGAGGGGGAUGGCCAGGCUGUGGGUCCAGGCCCUGGACCUACUAGGAGACAAUAGGCAUCCAGAGUACGGGGAGGUAGAUGAGACUCCAGGCCAUAGGGUACUCCCUGGAGGA